AUGCGCGGCCCCAGUCCCAGACUCUCCAGGCGAAUGAUCCACAAGGCAGAUCCCCCAGGCAAGAUUCCCGUGUCAGAGCACACCCAUGGAUCAGACCAACCAGGGCAAGCUAGUCUAGUCAAAUUCAUGCUUGGGCAGCCUGGAUUGCCCUAUGGAAGUGUGCAAGUUAUCAGGGUCGAAGAGGCACAACUUGAGAAAUUAGCAGAUGCACGAGAGUGGUCAAUUGACUUCGCCAGGGACCCUAAGAGUGGGGUGAUGAUCGUGAGAAGGGCCAAGUGA